AACAAAACUGGUUACUACACAGUACACACAAACACAGUGUUUGAGUGUUUCUUUCUUCACCUUUACUCAUUCAUAGCAUAAACCAACCACCACACUGUGAUGUUGAUUCAACCCUGAAACCCUGUUCAAAAUCUCUCACCAUUUUCACCAUUUUGCUAGCAAUGUUGGAACCCAGGUUGGGUUUUGUGGUUUGGUCCCUAUGGCUUUUAUACUGGAGCUUGGUUCCAGCGGUGGAAUCAGGUAUAGGUGUCAACUGGGGCACUCUUUCUUUCCACCGGCUGAAACCCUCCACGGUGGUUGAUCUGCUUAGAGAAAACAGGAUCCAAAAAGUGAAGCUGUUUGAAGCUGAUUCUGAUGUGCUUAAGGCACUCAUGGGGAGUGGUAUUCAGGUCAUGGUUGGGAUCCCCAAUGAAAUGUUGUCUGCCCUCAGCUCCUCUCCUGUUGCUGCUGAUUUCUGGGUUCGCCGGAAUCUCUCUGCUUAUAUUGGUGGUAGAAGAGGUGCUGAUAUCAGGUAUGUUGCUGUUGGAAAUGAACCCUUCCUUACGAGUUAUAAUGGUCAAUUUCAGAACUUUGUCAUUCCAGCCAUAUCCAAUCUACAACAGUCUUUAGUCAAAGCAAAUCUUGCGGGUUAUGUGAAGCUAGUUGUCCCUUGCAAUGCAGAUGCCUACGAGUCCCCGGGACCUCCUUCCCAAGGGGCAUUCCGACCUGAACUGACUCAGAUAAUAACUCAACUGGUUCAGUUCCUCAACUCAAAUGGUUCUCCAUUCGUUGUCAACAUCUACCCGUUUCUAAGCCUUUAUGACAAUGGAGAUUUUCCCCAAGAUUACGCGUUCUUUGAGGGAACUACUCAUCCUGUCACAGAUGCUUCUAAUGUUUACACCAAUGCAUUUGAUGGAAACUACGACACUUUAGUCGCAGCCCUCAGUAAACUCGGAUACGGUCAGAUGCCCAUAGUUAUUGGGGAAAUUGGUUGGCCCUCAGAUGGAGCCCUUGGUGCAAAUGUCACCGCUGCAAAGGUUUUCAAUCAAGGCCUCAUCUAUCACAUUGCAAGUAACAAAGGGACCCCUUUGAGGCCAGGUAUUCCUCCUAUGGAUGUUUAUCUUUUCAGUUUACUUGACGAAGGAGCUAAGAGCACGCUUCCGGGAAACUUUGAAAGACACUGGGGGAUAUUUUCGUUUGAUGGGCAGGCUAAGUAUCCAUUAGACCUUGGACUUGGAAAGAAGGAAUUAAGAAAUGCAAGGAAUGUUCAGUAUCUUCCAUCUAGAUGGUGUGUGGCAAACCCCUCCAGUGAUUUGACUAAUGUAGUAAACCAUAUGAGAAUUGCCUGUAGUGUUGCGGACUGCACCACGCUUAACUAUGGAGGUUCAUGCAAUGAAAUCGGCGAGAAGGGUAAUGUAUCAUAUGCUUUUAACAGUUACUAUCAGCUAAGAAUGCAAGAUUCACAAAGCUGCAAUUUUGAUGGGCUUGGUAUGAUUACUUUCCUGGACCCUUCAGUUGGUGAUUGUCGUUUUCUUGUAGGCGUUGGCUCAGAUUCAUCGACAUCUCAAACAACCUAUCAGUGGUGGGUUGUAGUAUUACUUCUAAUUCUACAUGGGACUUUCUCUCUUUCAAAGUGAUUUAGAGGUUUCAUUAGUGGGUUUUUCAUGGUACCCCCUUCUGAGACUGUUAGAACUAGAAUAGCUGAUAUACUACUUAAUCUUAGAAAGAUUCAAAAGAUUCAUCGUUUGUAGCCCUGUAUAUGAACAAGCCAUUGUCAUAUAAGGGACUGUGUAAACAUUGUCACGAUGGUAUUGAAUAUUGCACAUAUUUAUUUCA